GUGGUUUCAGAGGCUGUCUGUGUGUGUGGGAACGUGGGGCCCAGUUAGUUUCCCACGGCCGAGGCGGCUGCAGCAGGAGGUAGUCCGUUUGACACGGGCCCUGCGCAUACAUACACACAUACACCUGGUCUAUCCCCUCCACAUUCCCCUAUUAUAUAUACACACUUAUAGCCCACGGCCUGCCCCAAACUGUUACCACUACUAUAGUGUCUGGCGAUCGGUGUGGAUUAGUGAUAAGAGCGAAUUGUUGAUUGCCCUGUGUGAUCCGUCAUCAUGAGACCUGACGGGGCUACGUACUUGGUGCCAGCCUGUGACUAUGAAGAACAGCCAAUAUCAAGAACAUACCAGUAUCGAAAGGUUAUGAAGCCGAUGUUGGAACGCAAACGUCGAGCCAGAAUAAACAAAUGUCUGGACGAGCUUAAGGACCUCAUUGUCUCGUCCCUCCAGGCCGAAGGAGAAAAUGUCAGCAAACUUGAGAAGGCAGACAUUCUUGAGCUAACUGUGCGUCAUUUGCACAAACUCCGUCGCCAACAUUCCCUUGGUCUGAACCCGGAGGUUGCAUACGCCGACAGAUUCCGGGCAGGUUUCACCCACUGCGCCGCAGAGGUGUCUCAGUACCUCGCCGCUGCAGCCACAUCUCCCACUUCGCCUCUCAACAUCGAUGCCACGACAAGGACCCAGUUACUGCAACAUUUGGGUUCGUGCGUCCGUCAUAUCGACAAAUCCUCGAGCAACGUCCUACAAACGGUAGCAGCCGCGGACUCUUGCCCCAUCAGCCCUCAUUGUUACAACAAUGCGUACACUCCGCCUGCAUCACCACAGCUCCAGGGACCGCUGGCGCUCUCAGCGACCAUUGUCCUGACUAACGAUGAGUCCAAGCCGCCCUCAUCUUCCGUCUGGAGGCCCUGGUAGUCCCCGAAUGCCAGUUACAAGUUAUUUAUUUUUGUAGAUAUAUUCGAAAAGUGACGUAUGUAAAUAUGCCAGUGAACAAUUUACAAUGUGACGAUGGAAUCGAGAGACGCCGACGUAUAUAUAUAUAUAAUAGACAGAUGAAACGCACGUAUUAAGUAAGACUUCAGCACCAAUAAUACAUUUGUUUCAAAAUAAAUAAGACCCGAUUGCUUCGAAACUCUAAAUUUGAACAAGUUUAAUUUUAAGUGUUUCAACUUGCGUGGAUUUUAAUAUCACCUAUAAAAACAUGUUUAAAUAAAACAAUUUUGCA